UAUGAUGUCAAAAUCAGUCCCUUAACCGUCAAAGGGUAGAGUGAACUGUCACCGCUGAGAGAGAUUUCAACAUUUCGACCCGCACACGUUGCCUGAUGCUAAUAUGUGAUUAGACUCUGGGUUUCAAAUCCACCCUUGUGGGCAAGUCCGUAAUUCCCGCUACGCCGCUGGAGAGGUUUAGUCUCACUAUCAGCUUUACGAUGUGGAUAGGACCUGGUUUCGAUUGAAUCUUAAAUCAUCUCGCACGGCGAAUGAAAAGCCUUGUCUAGUACGAGCAUGCAAUGGUCGCACCCGUAGUCAACACAGGAAUUCAGACGGCGAAGUAUUGCAACGUGGCCGGUCUAGGAGUUCUGAUUUUUGACUAUUUCUUAACGCUCGAACGUGAGGUUCGAUGGACGUGGAACAGGCGCUGGAACAUCACUCGUGUUCUUUUUGUAAUUUCACGUUACAUGGCCUUUGUAGCAGCUGGCAUGACUUCAUACGGCAAGCAGCUAUCCACAUCUCCUGCCGCCACUGCUACACGAGCGAACGAGAAUUGCUCGCGCUUCGGUCAGGCUUCAAAUGCAAUUCACAUCAUCACCAUUGUAGCUGCCGAAGGUCUUUUGAUCAUUCGUACAUAUGCGUUCUGGAAACAGAACAACAAGUUCUUGGCAGUGUUACUGGUCUUGGCAGCAAUUUGUAUCGCGUGUGCUGUCAGUAUCACACAAGUCAUCGGUAAUCUAGUGGCACAUGCAAACCCUUCAGAUCCCCACAUAAGCAAGUGCACUUUUAAAGCGACUCGCAGCAGUGCAAUUCAGUAUGUCUUUCUCGUGGCAUUUGAACUAUUGUUGAUAUCUUUAAUGGUAUUCAAGAAAUAUCAAGAUUACAGAGAUUCUGACAGCCGUCUUGUGAGAGCCGUCUUCCAGGGCGGAGUGCGGUAUAUGACUGCCAUAAUUUCUGUUUCUGUAGCCCAUAUAUUGAUCAUGUGUGUGGUGCCGGAAUCGUAUGACGAGAUCAUGGACUUGCCGCAACUUGUCCUCCAC